UUUUUUUACCUGUGUGUUUCGCACCUAUGGUUGGGUUUUGUCCCGCCCGGGUAGCUUACCAAGGAGCUGGGGCUACGCUCAGUGAGUCAUUCAUCCGAAAAAUUCAGGGGGUUUUACGUGUGCGCGCUAGUCUCUCCGGUGGCCUCUGCGAUACUCAUCUACCACCAUAUCUGUGCUUUUUGCCCCCUUCGCUCUCCGGACUCCGCGGACGGACGCGACUCUGAUGCGUGCGGUAAACAAAUAAAAAACAAAAAAAAACACAAGGUACGUUUCAAGUGCCUGUCGUUCGUUCCGAAGCCAAUGUCGGUCUGAUUCGGUCAAAAGUUAGCACUUUGUGGUUCAGUUUGUAGAGAGCCAUCUUCGGGGACAGUUGCAGUUUUUUGCAGUUGAGAAGCCGCUGCAGCAGCAGCGAAGAUCGAGUAACAUUUCAAAUAUCGAACAGUUAACACCGGUGUCGGGGGCGGUGCGUAGUGAUGAAGAACUCGACCGUGGGGGUGUUGAUGUGCGCGGCCGUUUUGAUAAUAGUGCGCGGCGGCAGUGCCAACUUCCUGGCGUACGACGAUGAACCGACUACGAUUGAUCCCGAAGAGGAUUACGCACAGGAUGAAGAUCAGCGCCGGGCCGACUACCAUGACGCAAUGGAUCGGCUCAUCUCCCAGGCGUUCAAUCAGACUAGUGAGGCUAGCAAGCCUAUUGCGGAACAGGCCAAGGUCACACCCGCCGACAGCGGGAUUGAUGAGGAUGUUAAAUGCGCUGCGAAUCGAAAGCCCAUCCCGAUCGCAGCGAGACCCGUCGUAACCAUCAGCAAGUGCUGCCCUGCGGAGCAAUCAUUUCUGCACGAAAGUAUCGCCAGAUGUAAAGAACCACUGCGAAGGCCACGAUUGCCCAUCAUCAGCCGAGAGGUUCAUCUGUACGACCGGUCGUGCUACAAGUUCGGUCAUUAUCUGAAACAAAACAUCUCCGUCAACGGCAAAUGCAUUGGAAAGCAUGUAGUAUUCAACGACGGUACGCUGUUUACGGUGAUUCAGAACGGUUCGCUGAUGGUCUCGAGCAAGGAUCAGGUGGCGUUCUAUCGGGAAUUUUGUCUGGAAGAAACGGCCACCUCGGUGCUGGUGGCAUACGUUUGCGAUGAUAUGACCUUCCCGGAUCCGUUCGAUGCGGUGGACAAACUUGUCAUCGGAUCGGCACUGGUGGCGCUCGUCCUGACGGUCCUGGUUUACGGGUUCGAAAGGAACUUCCACACAGCCUUCGGUAGGAUGAUUAUCGCCCAUGUAGGACUGUUGUUCACGGCGCUGCUAUUGGAAGCCGCGCUUACCGAAUUCGAAGAAGAGUUUUACUCCCUCAUCGUGUACAUCUUGAUUGGAGCAUCGUACGUUAUUUUCGCUGUUGCGAAUCUGCACAGUUUAAUCGUGAGCCAAGGGAAAUUUCAGAAGCUAGACAUAAAGUAUGUGGCCUUCAUUGCGUUCGGAUGCUGCAUUGUGUGGCUGAUUUCGGCGCUUUUCAUAUUGGUUAGUGAUGAGAGAAUAGGCACACUGUGUACGGUAUUCAGCUCGCUGGUGCUAAGCGUGCUGGCGAACAUGUUUAGCCUUCGGAGGAUUCUUACCCGCCGACAUCACCUGUUGACCGCGAUGGACAGUUGCUACGAAUUCUCGGAGAGCAUAGAGGAAUCGAACUAUGUUCAUCAUCAAAAAGAACUAAACAUUCUGUCCACGUUCGCCGCCAUACUCCAGCUGCUCCACUGGAUACUGUUUGCGGCCGACAGGUACCGGCUGCUGUACUGUCUCAGCUGGUGUGGACUGACCGUGUUUGCGGUGUUCGUGUGCUUCCGCUUCCGAUCGAUAACGGUGCUUGCCUGCUGCAAUGGCGGUGCGGUCCGCACCGCCGGCAACGGCUUCUCGAAGGAGAUGCGUCAUCAUCAUCGUCAGCCCCAGCACCUGCAGCUCUCCGAGGAACCAGACUCCAACGAAACGACGGGGAAUGAGUACAAUCAGUGGAACAACUCCUCCGCCGCUCCCCACAUUCAUCAGCAGCGGGAUAAUCAAAAACAUACGCUCGCUACCGUCGCCGAGGAGGACGGACUGCAUGACGAGGAAUCGAGGAACGGACACGCCCGAGGGCUGAAUGGGAUGGGGAGGGAUGUUUAAUGGGGCGAAGGUUGGGUGAUUAUUCGCGAAAUUCGCUCCGAUGUGAUAUGCUUUUGUUGAG